AUGGAUUUUAAUGGUAACUCGUAUGUCAGUUCUUCCUCUAAAUCAAAAAAGAGCCAUAGGCAAAAGCAGCAACAACAACAGCCGCAACCACAACAUAACGAAGAAAUAAAGUAUGUAGGAGUGAGACGAAGGCCGUGGGGAAGAUACGCAGCUGAAAUAAGAAACCCGACGACAAAAGAGAGGUACUGGCUAGGUACUUUUGAUACGGCCGAGGAAGCUGCAUUGGCCUAUGAUAGAGCUGCACGGUCCAUAAGAGGGUUGACUGCUCGGACCAACUUUGUUUACUCCGAUAUGCCUCAUGGCUCCUCAGUAACUUCCUUCAUCUCACCUGACGAAUCCCAACGUUUCAUUUCCGAGUUAUUCAACCCUACAAGCCAACAAGAAGCUACUAGCAACAUCAACAACAACAAUCUCUAUUCAUCGACGAACAACCAAAACCAGAACUCUAGUGAAUUAUCAUACAAUGGGUGGACACAUGAGUCUGAAUGUGGUUAUCAAUCUAUCAACAAUAAUGAUGAGCAUUGUGAUCAUGAGCUUCCACCUUUUCCUCCAAGUACUUGUUUUGGAGCUGAACUUAUGAUUCCGGAGACCGAUAGCUAUUGGAAUGUUGUGCAUGCUAGCAUGGAUACGUUUUCCUUUGAUGAGCUCGAUGGCUUUGUGGGUCAAAACAGUAGGUUUGACUCUUCAUCCUCCCCAUUUCUCUACCAAUAA